GGGCGGGUAGGCUGUUCCGGCGCGCUCGGAGCGACCCGCUGCAGCCGGUCCGGUCGCAGGCGCCCCCUGUCGGCGCGAUAGGCGGCCGCGCCGCGCUGUGGUGGACCGGUCCGACCGGGCGGCCGAGCCGCUGCCUUCGUGGCGCCGCUCGCCGCGCUAGUGCGGUGCGCGCCCCAGCGUGUGGUGUGUGUGGUGCGUUGUGUUGGUCGUUUUCUAAGACUUUCCUGUCGAAGUGUGGGGUUAUUUGGAGUGGUGUUGUGCCGAGGAGUGUCGGGCGGUGUCUGUGCGCGUGCGGCGGCAGACGGCAGUGAAGUGCGCCGGCCGCCGCGCCCGCAGUGCAGGUCGGCCGGCCGUGCCAAGGUGAAAGGGCCGGCCGGACGGUGGCGGCCCGCCGGACGCGACCUUGACCGUGGCGGCGCCGCAUCAUGGGCCACGUGGAGGACGUGCCGACCGGCGUGACGUCCAUCUGCAACGACAACUACGAGCCGGACCGGUGCGGCGCGGCGCUGCCGGGUCUGACACCAACCCCAGCACCUACCGCUGCUACUGCGCCCUCCGCGACCCGGCCGUCCAAACCUAAACCGACACCGCGCCGGGCCAUGCGUCAGGUGAUCAAAUACAGCGGCAAGCUGAAGGAAACCCUGGUUCACGAGGUGCAGGGACUGCGGCCUUCGUCCAAACACAGAGAGAAGUCGCCGCUUGUGGCACGCACCAGCUCCGAUGCGGCGGCAACGGCGGCCCAGCCCCGCCGCUCGCGCGAGGAGCUGCGCCAGCUCUGGAAGAAGGCCAUCAACCAGCAGGUGCUGCUCAACAGGAUGGAGCGAGAGAACGAGCGCAUCACAGAGCGUGUGCGGAGCGGGGAGCGUGUCAUGUACGCCGAGAUGCCGCCCUGCGCCGGGGACGUCAAAUCCGAGUGGAGGCAGCUGCUGGACAGCUGGCGCGCCGGCAGAAAGGUCCACGUCGACGACCUCCAGGAGCUCGUCUUCAGAGGCGUUCCGAUCCGUCUGCGUCCGGAGGUGUGGCAGCUGCUGGUGUUUCACCACCGGCUCCACCACCCGGCGCCGUCCGUCAGCCACGUGGACAACUACGACACCUCGUACCUGCAGCUCAUCCGGCAGCUGACCAGCUUCCAGCGAGAGAUUCUCACAGACCUCGGUCGCACGUUCCCGCAGCACCCCUACUUCCGGAGUCCGUUCGGCUCUGGUCAGCUGGAGCUGUUUAACGUGCUGAAGGCGGUCUCCCUGCUGGACCCCGAGCUCGGCUACUGUCAGGGACUCGGCUUCAUCGCCGGCAUACUGCUGCUUCAUGCGCCGGAGGAGGAGUCUUAUGAGCUGCUGAAGCACAUGCUGUUCCCCCUGGAGCUGCGGAAGCAGUUCAUGCCGGACAUGUCUCCGCUGCAGAUUCAGAUGUACCAAUUUUCGCGACUGGUACACGACCAUCACAGUGAUCUGUACGCCCACCUGGAGAAGUACGAGGUGUCUCCGAUGUUAUACGCCACGCCCUGGUUCCUCACGCUCUUCUCGUCCCAGUACCCGAUCGGGUUCUCUGCCCGCGUCUUUGACCUGAUCCUGCUGCUGGGCCUGGAGGCGGUGUUCAAGGUGUCGCUGGCGCUGCUGGACAUCCACCAGGAGCAGCUGAAGAACCUCACCGGCAUGGAGGACAUCAUGGAGUACAUCAAGACGGAGAUGCCGCGCCUCAGCCAGACCAGCGCCCAGCAGGUCUUCAGAAAGGCGGUGGAGCUGGACAUUAGCCGUCAGCUGCUCUCCUACGAGGUCGAGUACCACGUCCUGCAGGAGGAGGUGCUCGCCUCGCCCUCACACGCCGACAGCGACCUCAACAAGCUGGGCGCGAUGAACCAGAACCUGAAACGGCAGGUUAUGGAGCUGCUACAUCAGCUGCAGACCUCCAGCGAUCAAAUCAAAACUCUGACCGAGCGGAACAAGACGCUCGAGUCUCGGGUGAGCCAGCUGAGUUCCGAGAGGUCUGACCUGGUCACCUUCGUCCGCUACCUCAGCCUCCACACGCCCGACCGGCUCGAGGUGCCGGCGCCGUUCCGACGCUUCCUCGACGACGGCGCCGCCUCGGAGCCGGCCGGCGACGCGCGCGACCCACUCAACUGUGCCCUGUUCGAGGCGGGUCCGUCGCGGCCGCGCCGGGAGAGGGCCCUGUCACGCUCCAAGACGGUGGACUGCGAGUGACGCUAGGGAGGAGGGAGGGAAGGAGGGAUAAAGGCAGGUUUGGUGAGAGGAGAGUAUUUUGGAGUGGUGCGAGGGAUGGAGAGGGGAGGCUGAGUGGAAUGGAGGACUCGCGAUGAGAGGGAUAUGAGCCGGAGCACGGGAGGGCGCUGGCGGUCUGCCGGCGCCCGGCGGCCGCGGUCGGUCUGUUUGUAUGUCUGUCUGUCUGUCUGUGUAUGGGGCAGCGCCGUGUGAUACUGACAGCUAGUCGUGCCGGGGGGAGGGCCAGGGCGGGGUGAGGCCAGUAUGUGCGCAGAGCCAAUAGUCGACGACACACCUCAGCUCGCUUUCUACUGCUUCCGUCAGACAUCGCUUCUUACAAAAGACGCCGUUUUGCGCGGCCAGCUGCUGGGCUGCACGUGGUUAGAGCCUAUUUACUCCUUUUUUAGUGCCGAGCCUAUAUAAUUGACAUGAAUCGCGUUUUACCUCGAGUAUUUAUUCUGUCCCGUAGAGGCGUUUUAUAGUCGUAAGCGUGAUAGUACAACGCUUACGCACACUCUUAUAUCACUCAAUGCGUAUGCUGCUUGCUGGCUGCUAACGUACGCUAGCAUGUGCUACAAAAAUCGAGAAGACGAGGGUGCGCUGAGCGCGUGCCUGCCGUCCCAACAGUCAGCCAUCUAUGCCUUGCCGUCUGUGCGCCCCUUGGAGCUGCGCGCGCGGGCCGGGGUGCCCGGAGGGGCCGCUGUGGGCGCUGACGAAUAGAUGGCGACCGCGCGCCGCUACCACCCGUCGGCCUUAUGUGACCGAGCUACCAUAUUGUGUGUGAAAUAUAUUAGUUCUUAAGAAA